UAUGUAAGAUUUAAGGUGUUCAAUUGCAGAUCAUAACAAAAAAAAGUUUGUAUCAAUUACUCUUCAAAAAGAAGCUGAAAAAAGAUUAUUCUGUUUUCAAUGUUAAAGUGAUGCUAGUGGUGGAGAUAUCACAAAAUCACAAUUAGUAAGUAAACUUAAACUUUGUGAUUUGGAUGAAGUUAUGGAAGGCAAUGCUUAUUCUGUAUAUAAUUGGCCAGCUGAUGAUGAAGGUAUCAAAGUCAAAGACUUCUUACUUGGAUAUAAGGUAAUAAUAGAAUGUAAGUUUCGUUUAGAGUGUGGAUUAAUAAAGGAAGGAUGUUGAAGAUUUCUUUGUUUAGAUGAAAUAAAAAUUGAAUGAAUAAAUUGAGAAUGUCAAACAACUUUUAGUGGAAGCACUUAAUGCAACAUAAUUCAUAAAAGAUGAAAAACUUAAAUAAGAGGAGCCAGAAAAGAAGGAUGUUAAAAAAGAUGAUAAGAAGGAGACAAAGAAGGAUGAUAAGAAGGAAACAAAAAAAGAUGAUAAGAAAGAUACAAAAAAGGAUGAUAAAAAAGAUGAGAAGAAAGAUCUAAAGAAAGAAGGUAUUUUAGAUUCUUAUAUAAAAUAGAAGAGAAAUUAGAUUUAUCACCAACUAUUGAAAAUCUAAAGAAACAUUAUGAUAUUAUUUAUGAUCUUACAAAAAUCAAGACACUCAUAAAAGAAAAUGCCAAAAGUGAUCCAAAUCUAUUGAGUGCUAAAAUAAAUGAAUAUUUAAAUGAUCAAAAAAGAUCUGAAUAAAUAAUUAACAUGAAAAAAGUAUUUCAAGGAGUCAUGUCAGGAAAAGUUGGAUUUAAUUAAAUAGCAUCUAAUAGAUAAGCAUUGGAAAGUUAUUGGGAAUAAAUUUAAACUAGCAUUUAAUAAUGGCCUGUAUUAAAUUAAUUUAUUUAAAUUUAGUAUAAAUUUGGAAGACUCUAAUGGAAGUUAAAUCCUUCUAAAGCAGAUGAGUCUAAAUAAAUUAAAUAAUUGGCAGAUGAUUAUAUGGAAUGUGCUGGAGCUGGAUUAUAAUCCUAAAUUAUUUAUUCUGAAAAAAGUUUUAGUGAAGGUCAACAUGGUUGCAUAAUAUUAUUUAAAGAAUUUGAUUAAAAAAGAGGUGGAGCAAAUGGAAAUUUCUAUGUAGGAGUUGUACCAGAAGAAUAAAAAGAUAAAUCUCCAUAUGGAUAAGGUUUUAGAAAAGAUUUAUUUAGUCAAAAUGGAGAAGGAUUGAAUGUAAGAAUUGGUACUGAUUUCAAUAAUGUAUUUAAAGUAAUUCUAAUUAAAUAUAAAUUUAGAUGCCUCCAAAAUUAUUGGCUGUUAAAUUGGAUGUUGAUAGUAAUUACUUUGAAAUAUGUGAUGGUAAACGUACAGUAGUUUAUGGAUUGGAUUAAGAUAGCAAAUUGAAGGGUCAAAAAUGGAGAAUCUAUUUCUGGUGGAAUAUAGCAGCUGAUAGAAUCUAAUUAAUUCACAGUUAUUGAGC